CUCCGCUCUCUCCGGUGCCAAGGCAGAGAGAUGCGCACGCCGAGGACGCCGCAGCUUCAGCAGCAGCAGCAGCAGCACCACCACCACCACCGAAAUGCGCACGACUCCGAGGCAGCCCAGGCGGCAGAUUAACCCCCACUCCGGCAGCCCCCGUCCGUCUCCCAACACAGCGGGUUAGGGGGAAUAUGGCAAACUUUGACACACUUUGCGUGACAUGCGAAAUGCCCUGCGUUGUCUGGAGAGCCGUGCUGCCGAGCGGCUGAAUUGGGAGCACAAUAACACAGAGACUUACAGAGAGAGAAAGAGAGGAGGGGACCUGAUUCCAGUCAUUUCUAUCCAGGAUCCUCUCCCACGUUGGUUUUGAGAGAUGAUCACGGAGCUGGUGUGCACCGCCGUGGCUGUGGGUCUCUAUCUGAACACGCUGGACGCGGAUUUCUGCUACGAUGACAGCCGAGCCGUAAAGACCAACCAGGACCUCCUCCCAGAGACUCCGUGGACCAACAUCCUCUAUGACGACUUCUGGGGCACCCUGCUCACCCACAGCGGCAGCCACAAGUCCUUCCGCCCACUCUGCACCCUCUCCUUCCGCCUCAACUACACCCUUCACGGCCUGCGCCCCUUUGGCUACCACCUCCUGAACGUGGCGCUGCACGGCCUGGUCACGGCCCUCGUCACGGCCUUCAGCCGCCCGCUGCUGGGCGGAGGGCCGUGGAGCCUGCUGGCGGGCCUCCUUUUCGCCUCUCACCCGGUGCACACCGAAGCGGUCGCCGGCGUGGUGGGGAGGGCAGACGUCGGCGCCGCUCUGUUUUUCCUGUUGUCCCUCGCCUGCUACGCGAGACACUGCGGACUCCGCGGCGGGGACACGGAGGGCAGGCGGCGGGCCGCCGGCUCGGCUGCCGGGCGCUGGGGCUGGAUGCUCGGCAGCUUGUGGUGCGCGGCGGUGAGCAUGCUCUGGAAGGAGCAAGGUGUGACGGUGCUGGCCGUGUCCGCCGUGUACGACCUCUUCGUCUUCCAGAGGCUCCGGUUUCGCCAGGCGCUCCUCCUCCUCUUAGGAAAGAAAAAGAACGCCAGUGUUCUUCUGAGUCUUGCCGUGCUGGCUUCUUCAGGAGUGAUUCUGCUGUCAGCUCGCCUCUACUGGAUGGGUAACAAGCCUCCCAACUUCUCCAACUCGGACAACCCUGCAGCAGAUUCGUCACAUUUUCUCACUCGGACGCUAACGUUCCUCCACCUUCCAGCCGCCAACGCCUGGCUCCUGCUGUGCCCCGACAAGCUCAGUUUCGAUUGGUCAAUGGACGCCGUGCCCUUGGUGAGGUCCUUGGCCGACUGGAGGAACCUUCACACUGUGGCCUUCUAUGGUGGACUUAUCCUUCUGGCAUUGUUUGGGCUUCGCGGGCCCACCUACAAAGUCAAGGAGACCAAUGGAAAAGCCCACAUCACUAAUGGGAAAUCCAUCACUAAUGGGAAUGGCUACCAUGCCCAUGACACAAACCAUAACACAGACCAGGGGUUGCCAAAGACCACCCUGAAUGGUUCAGCUGAACCCAACCACUGUCCUCCCCAGCCCUCCCUACCCCCUACAGAAAGCCUAGUGCUAUUUUCAUUAGCCAUCCUGUCGUUGCCUUUCAUCCCAGCUACCAACCUAUUCUUUUAUGUAGGUUUUGUAAUUGCAGAGCGGGUACUAUACAUCCCCAGUAUUGGCUUUUGUUUACUGGUUGCUGCUGGUGCAAGAACCCUGUAUGUCAGACUGAGGACUAGAAGCUGCAGGGCCUUGGUGUUGUGUCUCUGCACGGGACUAGUGCUGCUGAAUGGAUUCAGAACUGUUCAGAGGAACAAAGACUGGAGCAAUGAGGAAAAUCUCUACAAGUCAGGGAUUAACGUUAAUCCUGCUAAAGCCUGGGGAAACUUGGGGAACGUACUGAAGAAUCAGGGCAAGAUGGCGGAGGCGGAGAAGGCGUACAGAAACGCUCUACACUACCGAGGGAACAUGGCUGACAUGCUGUAUAACUUGGGUUUGCUGCUGCAGGAGAACGAACGUUUUUCUGAAGCGCUGCAUUAUUACAAAAUGGCUAUUGGGAGUCGGCCAACACUGGCAUCGGCCUACUUGAACACAGGAAUAAUCCUGAUGAACCAGGGAAGCCUGGAAGAGGCCAAACGCACCUUCCUCACUUGUGCUGACAUUCCCGACGAGAACUUGAAGGAUCCACAUGCCCACAAGAGCUCCGUCACCAGCUGCCUGUACAACCUGGGGAAACUGCUCCACGAGCAGGGCCAGCAGGAGGAGGCCCUUUCUAUUUAUAAGGAAGCCGUGCAGAAAAUGCCCAAACAGUUUGCACCGCACAGCCUGUUCAACAUGAUGGGAGAGGCCUACAUGAGGCUCAACAGGCUGGAGGAAGCUGGCCACUGGUACAGAGAGUCCCUCAAAGCCAAGCCCGACCACAUCCCUGCCCACCUCACUUACGGCAAACUCCUGUCGAUCAUUGGGCAGAAGGCCGAAGCAGAGAAAUACUAUCUGCGAGCAGUUCAACUGGACCCGAUGAAAGGAAACUGCUACAUGCACUACGGUCAGUUUCUGUUGGAGCAGUCUCGUCUUGGCGAGGCGGCGGAGAUGGCAGAGCGAGCUGCAGAGCUGGACAACUCCGAGUUUGAUGUGGUCUUCAGCGCUGCUCACAUGCUCAGGCAGGCCAAUCUAAAUGAGGCAGCAGAAAGGCAGUACGAGCGUGCGGCCAGCCUCAGACCAGAUUACCCGGCCGCUCUGAUGAACCUCGGCGCCAUCCUCCACCUGAACGGGAAACUCCCCGAGGCGGAGGCCAACUACCUGCGGGCCCUCGAGCUCAAACCCGACGACGCCAUCACCCAGUCCAACCUGCGCAAGCUGUGGAACAUCAUGGAGAGGCAGGGACUCAGGACUAAGGACGGGCUCGGGGCGCAAAAAAGCAAACUCGUGAGCUGAGGGAGACGACGACGCGGCGUCCUCCGGAGGACGAAGCCCCGAGGCUGGAGUCUCAAUCGAGAGCGAGACGAUGAAGACAAUUCUGUUCUCGCUUUGUUCAGCCCGUGACGCUUGUUCAAGGCUUGGCACGUUCGGGACUCACCAGCAGUGUCGCGGUGCAAACUACUAAAACCUUUAUAUAAGAUUUUAUAAUACUCACUUGUUAAGUGAUACAAGGAAGUCAAAAGUCCAAAACAAAGGCUCAAAUAUGAGCUGAUUAUUACUUCACGAUAAUUUAAACGUUGUUUUAGAGCACUUAAUUUGAACGGAAAAUGUAGCAAAUUGAAAUAAUCACUUCUGCAGAAUGGGAAUUUGAAGCGCAACCCUGCGAUCGCGUCAGGUUUUCGUCUCACGCCGGAGGAAGCCCACGAUUUUACUCGUCUGUUUACAUGUAAAAAAGAAACUUUUAUAAAGCCUUUUGUGGCUCCGGAGGGAGGGAGUGAUGUCACGUGAGUUCGCGCCUUUUGGGCCCGAAGAUAAAUUCAACACGGAAACAGUUCUGAGGGUUUCAGCUUAGGCUUGAGGCUUAGGUAACUGGAACCAGCGCCAGAGAUUUGAUAUCGGUCCAAAUUGACGCUGGUUAAGUCGGAUUAUGGACGGUGUAAACGCCAGGUUUUGACAAGGGAGAAAGACUUCUUUUGCUAAACUGUCCGCCAUGAGUCGGGUACAGCACUAAAUAAGGUGGUGUACUCAUGAAAGCCAUGUUAGAGUGGUCUCUAGCCCGGAAGCAAGCCACUGCUUUGGUGGACUUACUUCAGGCAAAAUAGGAAAAGACGUCGAGAGACAUCAUUAUUAUGAUCCCGUUGAGCCCGUAUGUCACAUGCCAUUAAACUCCGUGUUUUUUAUCAGCUUAAAGCAACGGUUCUCAAACUGGAGUCCCCCAACCCGUAGAGGUCCCUGAGCCAUAGGUUGGGGGUCCGCAAAAUAAUUUGUAAUCAAUUCUUAAUUACACGUGGGAACCGCUCUGCCAAUAAAACAAACAUAUUAAACCAGUUACCCCCUCCUACAUUAGCUCUAGGUCAAUAAAAAGUCUGAUAUGUAUCUGUUGCUUUAUUCAUCAGGUAUUUUCCGCACAGCUCCCGCAGGUUAGUGUUGAGUUUGAGAAGUUUAAAACAAAUAAUUCCUAAAUGCAUCUGGACUCACAAAUGGUACUUAACAUAUGUUUAAUUGGUGUGAGGAUUACGAGGGCGUGUUCAAAGGUUUUCUCCCCUUGUAAGGGUUCCCUGGCUCCGAUACGUUUGAGAACCAGUGGCUUACAGGAUCAUUUUCCAAGUCAAGAAAGUCCACAGUUUUACGUAUUUUAACAGGUUUAUUUGGUUGUUUUUUUGAACCACAAACGGGAUCAAAAAUCCUUGAUGAAUGGCUCUCAGGGUGGUCUCUAGCCUCAACGGUCAACACUCACUGCACAAUAAAUGUAUAUAGCAUUAAAAGCAUACACACAUUCUGAUAGCGCCCUCUAAUACAGCGCUGUGUAGUACGUUGCUCCAAGUAAACAAGAGGUUUAGGCACAUAUUAGACCUUUCCAGUGGGAAAUUUGGGGAAAAAAUAUAUAAAAUCAAGGAUCUCAUUAGAAUCGAAUUAAAGUUUAAAGAUGUUUGACGUAAAGAGAGUUUAAUUUUGUGUGGGAGCCGGUCAGUGAACCACCAUUUUAUGUAUUUUUACAAUCUUAUACUGCAAAAAAUUUCCCAUCAUACAGUGAAUUAUUACUUAAAUUGCCAAACAUAUGGGCUACUCAUGGCCUCAUUCAAACAGGAGCAAACCCCCCUCCCUUGUCCACCAGUAGUGGGCGGGACUUCAUCUUUGAAUCACUGAAGAUUGUUCGGUGCAUCUUAAAUGCUCGUGAAUGUAAAAAUGAAAACUGAAAAAGAGAAAGAAAAAAAAAAACUUGUCAGCGGUGCCAAAGCUUGUACCGAGUCUCAACACCUCUCGUGCCAGGCAAGAACUCUUAACCACGCGUGUGUCGUCGUGUUCCUUGUGUCAAAUGAAGAUGUUUUCAUUUCUCGUGGUCAAAUUUAAUUUAUUAAUUAUGUGUCGUUUUAUGUGAAAAGAAAAAAAAAAUGUCAACAUCACUGUCAUAUCAAGCCCGCCCGCUCUCGUUCCUUUCAGAUGCUUCGCUACAGUAAGCAACACGACAUUUGAGAUGCUUUUAUACUGUAUAUGUGGUCUUCGUUCCUCUCUGCUCAGGGACAUCAGGACGUGAUUCCUGUCACAGAAUGGGUUUGUGACACAGAGAGAGCUUUCUUAAAACGUUUCUUUUCUUUUUUCUUUUUUUUUUUUAAAUGAUUGUGACAGUUGGUUAAAUUAUAGAGCUGACAUGUACAUGUAGCUGAAACUGUGUUGUGUUUUGUAAAAGAAAAGUGAAACUUUUUCCAUAAUAAAAAGAUGAUUUUUUUCGCGGUCA